UUCAUGCAGCUUUCUGCACACUGACUUUCAGUAUAAAGUGAAAUAGUCAUUAUUAAAUAAUCUGUGUAAUUUCCAUGCUUGAUAUGCACUGCACAGUCAUGCACUCACUUUGGCCAGAAAUGCUCAUGCAUUAACCCAGUGAACAUUUUUGUGGUGGAAAGUCGGUGAAACGCUGUAUAGGGAUUCAAAUGGAAACCCGGAUACAUUUGGUUGAAAAGUGAUAAUUGUCUUGCGUGAGACUGCACAAUGUCACCUCCCUAAAAGAAUAAAGCACCAGUACAUCAGAGCUGCAUCACUGUACCACACCUUAUUUACAGCAGAAACAGAAAACCUGUUUUUCCUGGGUGUGUUACAGCUGCAGAAGGAAGGACAUAAAUAUUCAGCCAAUCCCUCAGCCUUAUACUUGCUAAACCGGUUUUCUGCGUUUCUGCUCCUAUCAGUUCUCUCCGCCCUCAUUUCAUGCUUUAUUCUGUUUUUUAAUGUGUCUCCUUUACCAUUGAACUGACGUCCAGGGAGACACACAACUUCAUUUCUCUCUCCAACGAUCACUUUUGCGAUGAUAACAGACUAAUAUUUUAUCCAGAAAAGGAUUUUCUAAUUUGGGAGUGAAUUGUAGAAUUUGUAAAUAUAUUGUCUAGGAAGAGUCAAGCUUCAAGACUGCUACUGUUUAGAUUUAAAUACUAUUCAAAGAAGUUUCCGGCAGCAUUACAGCAUUUUAUAAUCCAAAUAACCUAUUUUACUGUAACAUUUGCAGAAGGACUUGGCUGAGUCUGAGGCCGGGAUGUCAUCCCACCGACAUAAGAAACCGUUGAUGGGAACCAACCGUCCAAUGGAACUGUGGGUGGGAUUCGUGAACCACGUGCCCUUGGUGGGCACUUCCGCCAACAUGGUGGACGGCUUCAUUGCUCUGCUCCAGGGAGACCAAAGGACCGCGGAGGCCAAGGGCUAUAAGGGCUUUCUAGAUUUACCUGGAGUCCAUGAACUGACGCCAGGGUCCAUCCUUCAGAACCACGAAGGCCAGACAGUAAUCGGAUGCAGCGUCGAAGUAUCCAAAGACAUAAACGACUACAUUAUACAGGCAGUACGAAAACCAGGGGCGAGCGCCACCAUCAAAGUAACUAAGGCAGUCCGGGCACGUACAGAUUUACGCAAAAAACUUUCUGUGUCUUUCAAGGUCCUCAGGGAUAAACUGAACGAACGUGGUGUAGACCUGGCCAGUGAUGUGACCCAGAAGCAAAGGUCUAAACGGGGAGAACACGUUUUCAACAGAGCCCUGCUUGAGCUACAUGCAUCCAUAAUCGAAAAGUUCUGGGAAAGAGGCACCAGGAGAAAGAGUUUCCAGGAGUACCUUGUCAGGAUUCCUCACACCCAAGUUCAUGAUGCCAUUCACAGGCGCACCCCAAAGGGUCUGACCACUGAUCAGGCACGAAACAUUAGCACCUGGGUAGUAGACAUUCCUGACAAUGUGGUAUAUAUACCAAUCAACAAUAUCCUGUUUUCAUACUUGAUAUAUGACAUUAAGGUCAAUGCUGUUGACUGCAUGAAUCUAUAUUGUAAGGAAGAAAAUAAUGAAAUGGAGUUGGCUGCUCUCACUAAAAGGGUAGACUGGAUGAUUAUGCAUCGCGUUUAUCUGGACCCACAGGCUGCGGAAUGGUGGUUUGCUGAAAACCCAAAUCUUAUUUAUCAGUUUGACGACACUGAAAGCGGAGUGAAAGACAUGUUGAAGCUGUUGGAUCCCCAGCGCUCAUUCAUGUUAAUUCUAUUCGCGAACGAGCUGAUGUGUGAGCUUCACCAUUUCAACUAGAGCCCGACCAAUAUAUCGGAUGGUUGAUAUAUCGGGCUGAUAUUUGCAUUUUUGGACCAUAUCGGUAUCGGUAGUCAAGGACAACAUGUGGCCGAUAUGUAGGACCAAUAUUUAUUUAUUUAUUUAUUUAUUUUUAACACUGACACAUGGGUGCUCCUAGCACUCCAUCUAGUGUUUCUCGCUGCCCACAACAUCAACAAGGUUCAUGUGACUUAGCGCAAAGCCCUUAGUGGUCGGCACGCUGGCGUGCGGAGAUUACUGAAAGGCUUUGUUUUGGUUUCAUUAGUAGAUGAUACAAGACAACUAUGCCGAAUACAGAGUUUUGCAGUGCUACCAUUGUCGCUCUGGUCUUCAUUUAAGACGCACUAUCUGCGUCUAUCCGAGCAUUCAUAAAAAUAUUAUUUCACCACUCAAGUCGUAUUCCACCAUAGCAACAUGAUAAACAAUAGCCCGAAGAUGUGCCAAUACAGCACUGUAAACGUUGCUCACUGAAUAACGAAAUAAACGAGACAAAGUUUAAAAAAAUGAUACCAUGUCAUUCUACAGUCAAUAUCUGGGACUAAAUAUUGAAUAAAUAUACAACCUUACCAUUGGCUUUACGUGUAGAGAUGUCCCUUUUGAGACUGAGUCAUGUAUAUUGUCUUGGACAAUCCAUUUGUGAUAUAUACAAAAAUAUUCCAAAAUACAGUUAUGCCAUUUCCAAGUCUCUGUGGUAUUCACUACUGGAGUUAUAAAGCUUUAAAUAGGGUACCUCCUAAAUGGGAAAGGAUUGGCCAGAUUUGGCAUGUGUGCUAAGGGGUUAAGAAAGCAGCCUUCUGAGUACCUUUGCAUAGUCAUAUCGGUGCGAAAUCCACAUAUAAUAUUUUCAUUCCAUCUCAAAAAUUCAGUAUAUCGGCCGCCAUAUCGGUAAUUGGUGAAUUUUUCCCCUCUAAAAUCGGUAUCGGUCUCAAAAAUACCAUAUCGGUCGGGCUAUAAUUUCAACUGUAAAUGUUAGGAGUCCGCCAUCUCUUGCAGAUGCAAGUGCAAGUUCAGAACAGAAGCCUCCUUUCUGCCUUAGUGUUAGAAUUUUAAAAUGCUUUGUGACUUACGUCAAAACAGCCAAUUAUGUUUUUACAAAAUGAGUUUCUUUCAUAAGUGAUUUUUAUCAUCAAUAUAAAUACAAAUUGUUUAUUGUAAACUCUUGAAGCUCAGUAGAUAUGAUGCAUUGCUUUGAACUUUUGGUUGUGGGAAUACAUUUACUCUGGGUACAGUGACUUUGGCUGAAUAAUAAUAAUAAUAAUAAUAAUUCUGUAAAAUACCAAACACCAAACACAGCUAUUUAAAUGUAUGUUAGAGAAAAUUUGUAACCAACGCAUAUGUUUCUAAUUGUAUUCUCUUUAGUAAAUCAACUUCAGUGUGAUCAAGUAAUUCUUUAAAGUGUAAUCAUGCACUAAUUUGUCAGUAUAUGUUUUUCUACAAGAUGUCAGAAUGUGUUGCAGAUCCUGCUGGACAAAGUGAUGUAAUUGUUUGGGUGUUGGCGACGUCUUGAAGAGCUUGGUUAAAUAAAUUGUUUGCAAAGA